AUGUCUAAAGACGAGCACAUAAACGUACAAGACAGGGUCAUGCUAUGGUUCUUCACUGUGAUACUCCUCCUGCCGUGCGUUUCCGGGUACAUUUUCACAAUAGCGGUACUGGCGCCGUUCACGGGAUCUCGACGGAUGAGUAGAGUGGAAGUCGAGGCAGCCAUUAAUAUUACUUUGGAAAAAACAAUAAAGAACGAAUCGUUAUCAGUUUUGACUAGUGGGAACCACACGAUAGAUUACCAAAUUAACGACACGAGGUGUGACCGUGGAUAUGGGCUCUACACGUUUGUCGAGAUGGUCACCCACAAGAUGCAGACGUCAUCGCAGAAGAUCCACGCAGUGAUUGGACCCUCCUGCGACAACGUCUGCGAAUCAAUAGGACUGCUGGCAGGCCGGUGGCAGGUGCCUGUCCUCAGUUUCGGUUGCUAUAGCGACGACCUGUCUAACAGAAAGGACUACCCCACCCUACUGAGGAUGACUGGGAGCUUCACCGAAAUAGGAGACUUUCUCAGGAACAUAAUGCUUUACUUCGAAUGGAAGCGAGUUACUUUGGUGAUUGGAAGAGACUCGGCAUGGCUAAGGGCAUCGGAGGACAUUUUGACAGGUUUCAGAAAUGUCGGCAUCCAUCCCAGGAAAUUGCAGCUCAGUAAAAUAGGAAAUUUAAAGGAAGCUGUGCUCAAGGAAUCCCAGCAAACAAGAGUGUUUAUCCUGUGCGCUUAUGGCCAAGACGUCCACCGCUUCAUGGUGACGGCCUACGAAGCAGGCCUUUCAAAGGGGCAGUAUGCCUACGUGUCCAUCGACUACGCCAACAUGGGCAUCAGGAUAAACGACUCCUAUAACUACUCCAUUCCGUUCGCAAAUGUGUUCGAAGGAAUGCUUGACAUCACUGUGGAUGUUCACCCUGAAAAACCGGAAUAUAUUGAGUUCGUCAAACGUAUUGAAGCCUUUAAAGGGACACCGACAAAUUCUCCGAAUUACGAGGUGAUCGAAAUACUCAUAGUCAUACUCACAGUCAUACUCAUAAAUGGAAUCCAGGUGGCGCUGGUGGCUGACGCUGUCUACCUGUAUCUGGUGGCUCUCAACAACUGUAUUCUCCAAGGAGGACUGUGCCCCGAAGGAAGCGAUAUCACUGACUUCCUGUACGGAAUGGAAAAAGAAGGAAUCGCAGGGAACCUGAUAAUCAACCGUGACGGGACUCGCCACAUCGCCUACAUGCUUCACAACAUCCGCAAAGACAAAUACGUCCCUGUUGCUAGAAGUGAGCCCGGAGGAAUGGGCUUCAAACUUAUCGGAGACGCUAAAGAUAUCGUCUGGCCUGGUGGAUCUAAAAUCGUGCCCCAAUCAGCUCCGUCCUGUGGUUGGGACAACGAACUGUGCAUACAAGACGAGACACCUAUAAUCGCUGGCGCCGUGGUGGCCGCUGUAGCAGCUAUUGGUCUUCUCGGUGGAGGAGGAUACCUCAUCUGGAAAAAGAAACUGGUCAAGGUUCGUCUGGAAAGAGAGGACUGGAGGAUAGCCAAGGAGGACGUCACUCCCAUCGCGAUUCAGAAGUCCAUGUACAGCAGCAGGACAACGGCAAGUUUCAGCAAAUCGGGCUCGCUGUCUGACGGGCGCUCCAGACUGGACGUGAAGAACCUCGACUCUCUGCAGUCUGACGACAAGAACCCGGCCAACACCAGCCUCUCGGAGCAGACGACACUCGCCCUGUACGACAACCAGAAAGUGGUCAUCAGGGCCGUGGCCAGAUACGACAUCCCGAUAACCAAGGAAGUCGUCAUAGAAAUCAACGCUAUUCGGGGUCUCCAACACCCAAAUAUCAACGUGCUGAUUGGUGCCUUCAUAGAACCAGGCAGCAAUGGACUGGUGUGGCACUACUGCACGAGAGGAAGUCUACACGACGUGUUAAUGGACGAGGACAUCAAACUAGACUGGGUCUUCAACAUCUCGUUCGCCACCGAAAUAGCAAAGGCUAUGAACUACAUCCAUGGUUCGCUGGUGGAGGUGCACGGUCGCCUCAAGUCGUCCAACAUCCUCGUGGACAGCCACUGGGACUGCAAGGUCGCCGAUAUGGCGAUGCCUUACUUCCGACAGGGGGAGCAGGAGCCCGAGGAAGCACAUUCCAAGUAUUACAGAUAUCUUUGGACUGCACCCGAGAUCCUACGCAAUCAAGCUCUUCUACGCAAAGGAACACAAAAAGGCGAUGUCUAUGCCUAUUCCAUUGUACUGCAGGAGAUCCUAAUGAGGUCUCUGCCGUUUGGCGGUGUUUUGAAGGCACGUGGUGAUGACAAGAAAAUGGAAAGAAUUCUCGACAGGGUUAAGAAUGUUGAGAUCCCGCCGUAUCGGCCGCAAGUGCAGCACACUAACAAAGAGGAGGGGCUUCUUGCUGAUGUUAUGCGCAUGUGUUGGGACGAGGUGCCAACCAGCAGACCUUCUUUCGAGAGCAUAAUUCAUCUGUUGUCAAAACUCAAUAAAGGGAGGAAAACAAAUAUCUUGGAUCAGAUGAUUCAUAGAAUGACGAAAUACUCUGAACAUCUGGAGAACAUGAUUCAAGAGAGAACCUUGAUGUUGAUUGAAGAAAAGAAGAAGACUGAUCAAAUUCUGUCCAAGAUGUUGCCAAAAACUGUGAUUGAAGACUUGAAACUUGGAAAAACUAUAGAGCCCGAAUCUUUUCCUUCUGUGACGGUUUUCUUCUCUGAUAUAGUCGGCUUCACAGAACUAGCUUCAGAAAGUACUCCAUAUCAGGUGGUGAAUUUUCUGAACAGCUUAUACACAAUGUUUGAUUACGUGAUUGACCACUAUGAUGUUUACAAGGUGGAGACAAUUGGUGAUGCCUACAUGGUCGUGAGCGGCCUGCCCGUACUGAACGGAAUUCAACACGCCGGGGAGAUCUGCACCAUGUCUUUACAACUCCUGAGUUCAGUGGACAAAUUUAAGAUUGCGCACAGGCCCAGUCUCAAAUUACGAUUGCGAAUUGGAGUCCACAGUGGUCCAGUGGUGGCCGGUGUCGUAGGACAGACGAUGCCGCGUUACUGUUUGUUUGGAGACACCGUCAAUUACGCCUCCAGGAUGGAGUCUUCCGGAGAAGCUCUGCGGAUCCACGUGAGUCCGGAGUGUAAGCUGCUUCUGGACGAGCUCGGAGGGUACCACCUCGACGAGAGGGGAGAGAUUUCACUCAAGGGAAAAGGUACAGUCAUGACAUAUUUUCUGGUGGGAAAAGACGAUUUUGUGGACAACAUACCAGCCUGCGAAAUUAAUUCGUCUAUCAGUGAGCACAGAUUUCAGUGA